CGGCGAGCUGCGUCCAGUUCCCGCUCCCCCGGUCCGCGGGCGGCAGCAAGACCGGCCCCUCCGCCGCCGCCUGCCUCCCUUCUCCUCCUCGCCGGCCCGGUGGGCUCCCCCCGCUGCCAAGCCGGACAUGGCGACCCUGCUCCUGCGAGCCCCUCGCUGUCCUCCUCUCCCCGCCGCCGCCGCUCUUGCCGCCGCCUUCUCCUCCUCCUCCCCGCGGAGCUUUUAAUGGCUCGGACCUCCGGCGGCCAAGCGCGACUGCCCCUGCACCAGCCGCAGCGAGGAGAGCCGGCGGGAGCCCGCGCCGCCCCAGCCCCGCGCACGAUAUAAGAAACAAGUUUCCCUAAACAUGGGUGAAACUGAACAGAGACCAACAGCAGGAUCCCGCUUAGGAGCUCAGGAAAAUGCUGGGAUCAGUACUUUGGAGCAUGGACAGAAGCCACCUAUGACAACUCCAGGAAAACUUGUCUCUAUCAAAAUUCAGAUGCUGGAUGACACACAAGAAACAUUUGACAUUCCGCAAAGAGCUCCAGGGAAAGUUUUGCAUGAUGCUGUUUGCAGCCACCUCAACCUUGUUGAAGGCGACUAUUUUGGCCUUGAAUUUCCAGAUCAUAAAAAGAUGAUGGUGUGGCUCGAUCUUUUGAAGCCUGUUAUGAAACAGAUUAGAAGACCGAAGCACGUUGUUGUAAAAUUUGUGGUAAAAUUCUUCCCACCUGACCACGCUCAGCUGCAGGAGGAACUGACAAGGUACCUAUUUGCAUUGCAAGUGAAGCAGGACCUGGCACAGGGAAGGCUAACAUGUAAUGAUACCAGCACUGCUCUCCUAAUCUCACAUAUAGUACAAUCUGAGAUUGGGGAUUUUGAUGAAACCAUAGAUCGUGAACACUUAGCGAAGAACAAGUAUAUACCUCAUCAAGAAGCACUAGAAGACAAAAUCAUGGAAUUUCACCGCAACCACAUGGGACAGACACCAGCAGAGUCUGACUUCCAGCUUUUGGAGAUUGCCCGUCGGCUGGAGAUGUACGGGAUACGCUUGCAUCCAGCCAAGGACAGGGAGGGGACAAAAAUCAACCUGGCUGUUGCCAACACAGGCAUUCUGGUGUUUCAGGGUCACACCAAGAUCAAUGCCUUCAACUGGGCCAAGGUUCGAAAGCUGAGCUUCAAGAGAAAACGUUUUCUUAUCAAACUGCGGCCUGAUGUGAAUAGUUCAUUCCAGGACACCCUGGAAUUCCUUAUGGCCAGUCGAGAUUUUUGCAAGUCUUUCUGGAAGAUCUGUGUGGAGCAUCAUGCCUUUUUCAGGCUUUUUGAGGAACCUAAACCAAAGCCUAAACCUGUUCUUUUUUCUAGAGGUUCUUCAUUUAGGUUCAGUGGUCGGACUCAGAAGCAAGUUCUUGACUAUGUUAAGGAAGGAGGGCACAAAAAAGUGCAGUUUGAAAGGAAACACAGCAAGAUUCAUUCCAUCAGGAGUCUGACUGCACAGCCUUCAGAACAGCAUACAGAGGUGCCAAAACAAACUGCUAGAGCCUAUGGAGACAACAAUGAUGCUGCAGCAGUGCAGAGCUGCCGGCAAGGGAAGGAGUUGAAAUCUUCCACAGAAGACACUGGACAGCACAAGAGCCCUUCUUUGAAGAAGAGUCCAAAGGAAGGCAGAAAGGUGGAUGGAGCAGUGGUCUCAGCAGUGGAGGAAGAAGAGGAGCCUGCUAAGGAUAAGAUGCAGCAGAACAGACCUCAAUCACAGCAGCCAAGCACAGCAGGUUCUCUGACUGGCAGCCCUCACCUUUCAGAGCUUUCCAUCAAUUCCCAAGGAGGACCAUCCGUGGCAAAUAUGACUUUAUCUCCAAACUUGAGCCCUGAUGCCAAGCAGUCAUCUCCCUUGGUCAGCCCUUUGCUGAAUGACCCGUCAUGCAUCAGGGCUGAUGAUGAGGAAGAGGUCAAAAGAAAGAGGUUCCCAACUGAGAAAGCUUACUUCAUUGCUAAAGAAGUGGCGACCACGGAGCGAACAUACCUGAAGGACCUUGAAGUCAUCACAUCGUGGUUUCAGAGUGCAGUGAGUAAAGAGGAUUGCAUGCCUGAAACACUGAAAAAUCUAAUUUUCUCCAACUUCGAACCUUUGCACAAAUUUCACACUGGUUUUCUCAAGGAAAUUGAGCAGAGACUUGCUCUGUGGGAAGGCCGCUCUAAUGCUCACAUUAAAGGAGAUUACCAAAGAAUUGGAGAUGUUAUGCUGAAGAACAUUCAGAGUAUGAAGCAACUGACAAUUCACCUGCGAAAGCACAAUGAGAUUUUAAUGGAGCUGGAGAAUGGGAUCAAGAACUCCCGCAAGCUGGAGACCUUCUGCAGAGAUUUUGAACUCCAGAAAGUCUGCUACUUGCCUCUCAAUACCUUCCUCCUCAGACCUUUACACAGGCUUAUGCACUACAAGCAGAUCAUGGAGAGGCUUUGCAAGCACUACCCUCCAAGCCACAUGGACUUCAGGGAUUCGAGAGCUGCUUUGGCUGAGAUUUCUGAAAUGGUGGCUCAGCUCCAUGGCAAUAUGAUAAAGAUGGAGAACUUCCAGAAGCUGCAUGAGCUGAAGAAAGACUUGAUAGGCAUGGACAAUCUGGUGAUCCCCGGAAGGGAGUUUAUUAGGCUGGGCAGUCUUAGUAAGUUGUCUGGAAAAGGUUUACAGCAACGGAUGUUUUUUCUGUUUAAUGAUAUCCUGUUGUACACAAGUAGAGGCCUGACAGCAUCCAAUCAGUUUAAAGUCCAUGGGCAUCUUCCACUGUAUGGCAUGAUAAUGGAGGAAAGUGAGGAGGAAUGGGGAGUUCCUCACUGUCUGACACUGCGAGGUCAACACCAGUCCAUCGUUGUUGCUGCAAGUACCCGCGCUGAAAUGGACAAAUGGACUGAGGACAUCCAGAUGGCAAUAGACCUGGCAGAGAAAAGCAGUGGCCCUGCCCCAGAGUUACUGGCAAGCAGCCCACCUGACAAUAAGUCUCCUGAUGAAACUACUGUAGACCAGGAAUCUGAGGACGACCUCAGUGCAUCCCGCACCUCACUCGAACGUCAGUCACCACACCGUGGCAACACUACGGUGCACGUCUGCUGGCACAGAAAUACCAGUGUUUCAAUGAUCGACUUUAGUAUUGCUGUGGAGAACCAGCUGUCUGGAAAUCUGCUAAGAAAAUUCAAAAACAGCAAUGGGUGGCAGAAGCUUUGGGUGGUGUUCACCAACUUCUGCAUGUUCUUCUAUAAAUCGCACCAGGACAAUCAUCCUUUAGCCAGCCUUCCUUUAUUGGGAUAUUCACUUACCCUUCCUUCUGAAUCUGAAAACAUUCACAAAGAUUAUGUGUUCAAGCUACAUUUCAAAUCCCAUGUGUACUACUUCAGGGCUGAAAGUGAAUACACCUUUGAAAGAUGGAUGGAAGUGAUCCGAAGUGCCACCAGCUCUGCCUCCCACACUCGAGCUCUGAGUCACAAAGAGCCUCACGCCUAUUGACGGCUCAACAAGCCGCUGCGUUGAUUGUCCAGCAGCUGCUGAUUUUCUAGAGGACAUUUGAAACUCCUUUUCUCCCUCCAAGUUUAGGAAAAUUUACACUUUGGUAAAAGAAGAGAAUAAGUAUGGUUUUGCAGAAACUUUCACAAUUCCUCAGCAAAACUGUUUUAAGUUCUCCGAAUAUACAAACUAGCUUACCAUCAUCCCAGUGGCUGCAGUUCAUUUCAUGUCUUGUAUUUUGUCAUUCUGUGCUGUUUUUAGCUUGUGCCAGUAUUAAAAUAUUGUCCUUAUUAGAGUGCCAAAUGCCAAAAGACGUUUUGUUGCCUCAAAGAUUGCACCUAAAAGAACUCCCAGAUGACUGAAAUCUGAAAACUUUGUCCUCUGAGGCAAACACUAUUUUCUUCUCUUUUCAUAAAAAUAUAUUAUUUUUUUUUACCAUGUUAAUCUAUAGACUGCUGGGCUUUUAAAUGUAGAUGGAUUUUCACAGUAUAGAAUAUAAUUAUAUAUACAGAAAGCAGUCUAACAGGAAUGAGAUAACUUUCAGAUUUCAUGCUUUUUUUCCCAGUCUUUUUACAUUUAAUCAGCAAUGAUUUACUAAUUUUCCAUGUUUAACAAGGAAACAGUUGACAGCUCAUUCUCAUUUCCCUUUGGGGUCACAAAUCCAUGCAGUAUAAAUAAAGUAUAGGGUUCUUAUCUAACCAUUUUUUUGGUGCAAGUUGACCAAAUUGUUCAUCUGUUGGCUUUGAAAAGUGAGUACUACUUGCAAGACGAAAAAUUUUUUAAAUAAUCCAGUGCAAUAUUAUUUGGGCUAUUAGUGUACUGUGAAUGGUUAUGUACAAGAAGAAAUUAAAGGCUGUGGUGACAUUCUGCUGUUUGUUUUACAAACUUGAAAGACAACCUGUAUCCUACAAGAACCGCAGCUAUUUGUGAUUCAUUUGUAGUGUUUUGGUAACUAAAUUGCUCUAAGCUGCGGGGUACUGCUGAAGCCCCAAGUUUUCAUCCUGCUUGCUACACAUCCCAAACUGACUUCCAGUUUAUUGUUGGAAUUUCAGUCUCUCCCUCUCUUCCCUGGGGCUCAGGCAGACAGAGAGUGACUUACACUACCUGCAGCAGAAUUACCCAUUUCGUAUGCCUAGCUUUAACAUCAGCUGGCACCGCAUUUUGGAUAAGCUGGUUGGCAGCACUGUAUCUGCAAGGCUUAGAUGCUUUCCCUCUCGUUUUAAGAAACUUUGUCCCUCGGGUGAUGUAAAGGAUCCAUUGGCAGAAGUUUGCUGUGCUGGUAACACCCAUCACCAUGACAGGCUUUGGAGGAAGCACGGUGCUAAGCAGAGGGGCCUGAAGGUCAGUCUGGGAAACAAAGCUGGGGAAGUUCUAUCCCUGCUUUUUCUUCAUCCAGCUACUCGCUUUGUUAAUGGCUUGUCUGUGUGCGAUGUGUAAAAUGGCUUCUUACAGCUUUGCUCACAACAAAAGGGAAUAAAAUACCUCACACCAUUGUACAUAUGCCUGUUUCGAAACAGUAAAGCGUUCUUUCUGCUACCCCCAACCCCAGAAAUACCUCUGUCCAAGAUGAGGAUGGGCUCCAAACCCUUUAGGACAAGCAGCAGUCCCCAUGGCCAAAUCCAAGCACACCCUGACAAAGGGAAACUCUUUUCUGAGCAUUUCCUUCAGCUGCAGGGAGACCUUCAGCCCCCUGGGCAGGUAGAGUGCUGCACUUGCUCUUUUCCUCAGCUAGUGCCCCUGGCUCUCCGUACCAGUGCAAUAAUCACACCUACCUGGAGCACUGCCUCUGGCUAAGACAUGCUGAAGGACAAGCUUGGAAAGUAAGUAGGAAAACCUGAAACCCAUUUUCUCAGCUGCAGGUUCCACUGCCUUGUUCAUUCCAAGCCUGUGACCCUGCCCUGUAGUAAUAUACAGGAAUUCCAGUGCUUCAGGACUGACCAGGAAUGCGAGCAAUGAUCUGUGCGAGAAGAGGAAAUAACACAGCACAGGUGGACAACAACUCAGCUGCAGCCAUACUGGUCUGGGAAAACAAUGCUGAAAAAGCAACAGCAUUUGGUGUUGCUAUGAAGUAAAAUGCUGCAGACCUGGUCCUGCCAAAAAUUAUUAUUAUUAUUGAGUGGUAAAAUAGUACCUUACAAGACAGGACCCUGCCUCUUCCCUUUAGAAUUGUUAUCUAUAACAGUGAAAGGCUUUUUUUAAAUGGAAAUUAUAUUGAGGGCCAUGCCCUUAAUUCAGCCAAAACUGAAUUUUAAUUUAGAACCCUGGGGCUUGUUGGAUAGAAUGUUCAUCAACUGCUAUUUGCUGCAGUAGUUUAUUCUGAGCUCUCCAAAGGAAUCAAGCAACACCUUUUCUCAUUAAGUUUCAUUUUUACACAAGGUGAAUUUGGAAAAUAAGGCAAAGACCAAAAUACAGUGAUAUUGUUAACGGCAGAGACCAAGUUAGGCUGUGGGUGCAGCUUUCAGAAUACCCACCUAAUCACCAUUUUCAUCUUUUUGUAUUAUUUUUCCUAUUAAAGUUUAACACAAGAUUUUUUUUUUUCUUCUCUACUGGUGUGAUUUUUAAAUUUCUUUUUAAAAUGGAACCAUCUGAACUGCUGUCACCUGUCAGCAUUUUUUGAGGUGUCUAUUCCCACGGUUAACCCAAAAUUGAAACAAUAGUAAAAGAGUAAAAUCAAUUGUCUUGAUGCUCCUAUCUUGGAAAUAGGCAGAGUCUAUGUGUGUGAAUAAAACUCAAAUGUACUAGAAA